CAAUCGAAUCCCAAUUCCAUGGCUCUUACCCGCCUCCUCCUUGGCUCCCUCUCCCUUCUCUUCCUCCACCAUCUCCUCCUCUUCAGCACAUUCCGGCCUGUUUCCGGUGUCGACAUUAACUAUGGAACUCUCGGAAACAAUCUUCCUUCACCCAAGAAAGUAGCUCAGCUCCUCCAAUCCACUCUACUUGAUAAGGUCAAAAUCUACGACACCAAUCCCCGGAAAUCCUCGAAGCUUUCUCCAACACCGCCAUUGAUCUUACAGUAGCCGUAGAAAACCGCCAUGUUGCCAACAUCAGCACCGACGUUUCUGCCGCUGACGAAUGGCUUGCCAGCCGUGUCGUCCCCUUCAUUCCCGCCACCUCCAUUGUAGCUAUCCGUGUCGGAAACGAGUACUUGGCAACGAAUUCCGGUGACGGCCAUUUGGACCCCGACGCACUGCUCCAUGCAAUGCAGAACCUCCAUUCGGUGCUUGUAACUCGUGGGCUCGGCCGAGAAAUUAAGGUCACCACGCCGCACAGCAUGGCGGUUAUCGCCUCCUCCUUUCCACCGUCAGCUUCCACCUUUGCCCCAACUUUCGUCGAACCCAUGAGCUCCAUAAUUGGGCUUUUGGCCAACACCGGCGCGCCGUUCAUGAUUAAUGCUUACCCAUACUUCGCCUACAGGGAAAACCCCAGUGCCGUCGAUUUAGAAUAUGCUUUCCUCGGAAAUGCUACCGGCGUCCAUGACCCAAAAGGGUACAUCUACAACAACAUGCUGGAUGCUCAAAUUGACGCAAUUAGAUUGGCAAUAAACGCUCUGGGGUUCGGUAAUCAGACGAUCGAGAUCACAGUUUCCGAGUUUGGGUGGCCGUCAAAAGGGGCGCCUGGUGACGCUGCCGCCACGCCGGACAAUGCAAAGAAAUAUAAAACUCGGUUGAUCGAACGAGCACAGUCCAACAAAGGGACAAAUUAAGCUUUCUAAGAGACUGGAAGUGGCUAAGUUUUCUGGUCUCCGUUCCAGCUCUUGCGUGACAUAUACUACAAAUGCUAGAGGAACUUCUUUUUUUGAGGUGGUCAGCUUACUCCUAAGGUUGAUUGCCUCCUUCAGUCUUUUAAUCUUUUCUGAAUUUUCUUUCUUGUUUUAUGUUUGUGCACAGAGAUUAGACCAGUCAUAAUAAUAUCUUUCUAAAAAU